UAGAAAUUUUAAUAUUAACAUAUAUCUAGUAAAUAUAUAUUCUUUUCGCUUAAUUUUACCUACUUGCCCACAUUAUUACAUUUCUUUCUGAUUUUAGUCAGACAACUGAAUAGUCGAUUGGAAGUCUGUUGUGUAGAGAUACAAUGACGUCCAAAGUAUCGCGUGAUACUCUCUAUGAAUGUGUGAAUGCUGUCCUCCAACACUCACAAGACAAAAAAAGGAAAUUCUUAGAAACAGUGGAGCUUCAAAUUGGAUUGAAGAAUUAUGAUCCACAAAAGGACAAACGUUUCUCAGGCACCGUCAAGUAUAAAAAUAUUCCAAGACCAAAAAUGCAGGUUUGUGUUUUGGGAGACCAACAACAUUGUGAUGAAGCUAAAGCUAACAAUAUUCCAUAUAUGGAUGCAGAAGCAUUGAAAAAAUUGAAUAAAAAUAAAAAACUUGUAAAAAAAUUAGCCAAAAAAUAUGAUGCUUUCUUAGCUAGUGAAUCUUUAAUUAAGCAAAUUCCACGUAUUCUUGGUCCUGGUCUAAAUAAAGCUGGUAAAUUCCCUGGUCUUCUUUCUCAUCAAGAAUCAAUGGUAGGGAAAAUUGAUGAGGUGAAAGCUACAAUUAAAUUUCAAAUGAAAAAGGUAUUAUGUCUGUCAGUAGCUGUAGGACAUGUGGAAAUGACUCCAGAUGAAUUAGUACAAAAUGUACAUCUUUCAAUUAAUUUUUUGGUUUCAUUAUUAAAAAAACAUUGGCAAAAUGUGCGUUCUCUUCACAUUAAAUCUUCUAUGGGUCCUCCUCAAAGAUUAUACUAAUUAUAUUAAUUGAUGUGAAUUAUAUUUCUCAUGCAUAAUGAAGAAAUAAAACAAAAAUAAAAGUA